AUGACAGCAAUCACUGCAAUCAGUUGUGCUUUCUUAUUUUCCAUUCUCUGUGAAACAAGUGCAUUAGUGUUACCCAACUCCACUGACCUACUCCUGUCAAACAAUAAUUUCACUGACAUUGAGACGGCUUUGGCAGCUCAUCUGGACUCUGCAAAAAUUCCCAAAGCCAGGCGGAAGCGCUACAUUUCACAGAAUGACAUGAUUGCCAUUCUUGAUUACCAUAAUCAAGUCAGAGGCAAAGUCUUCCCACCUGCUUCCAACAUGGAAUAUAUGGUUUGGGAUGAAACUCUGGCCAAAUCUGCAGAGGCUUGGGCUGCUACUUGCAUUUGGGACCAUGGACCUUCCUACUUACUGAGAUUCUUGGGCCAGAACCUGUCUGUGAGAACUGGAAGGUAUCGAUCUAUUCUCCAGCUGGUAAAGCCAUGGUACGAUGAGGUGAAGGAUUAUGCUUUCCCUUAUCCUCAGGAUUGCAACCCCAGGUGUCCCAUGCGAUGCUAUGGACCCAUGUGCACCCAUUACACACAGAUGGUUUGGGCCACUUCCAACCGUAUAGGCUGCGCAAUCCACACAUGCCACAAUAUGAACGUCUGGGGAUCUGUUUGGCGACGAGCUGUUUACUUGGUAUGCAACUAUGCCCCAAAGGGGAAUUGGAUUGGAGAAGCACCAUAUAAAGUAGGAGUGCCAUGUUCUGCUUGCCCUCCAAGCUAUGGAGGCUCUUGUACCCACAACCUUUGUUUCCCAGGAGUAACAUCAAACUACUUAUAUUGGUUUAAAUAA